GUUAGCGUAUUUUUAUUAAUACUGGUAUAUGUAAAUAUAGACAUUCCAAUUUUCAUUUCAAUUUACAAGUAAUGUGUUCAAAAUUUAGAGUAUUUGCCUCCUGUGGAGGUUAUAAAUUUUCAAACGAUAGAACUUAUAGGUGGUUUUUAAAUUCCAAGUUAAAAGAGAAAUUAUUGCAUAUCAGACUGGUUAGAUCAAAAGAAUUGGUUUUUAGGGUAUGGCGCCUAUGCCAUUAAAUUGUCUCUCUCAGUUUAAUAGUAAAUGUUCAUUUUUUAAUACGUACAAACAGAAAUAUAAUUUGAUUUGCGAGUCGAACUUAAAAAAAUAUUUAGCUUAUAUAGCAACUCAACAUGGAUUUAUCUUUAAAUACUGCAAAUUAGUAAGCAGUAGAAAAAAUAAAAAAGAAUAUAACAUUAGCACCGUGGCUGCGAACGCUAGUGAACUGGACUUGGUCGUGGCGAACGAGACAAGCAAUUUUGAGUACGAUGAUAACGAGUGGGAUGUUGGAAUUGGAAAUCUUAUUAUAGAUUUAGAUGCAGAUAUAGAAAAAACUCAAGAGGAGAAACUAAAUUUAGAAGUCGGUAUGGCUUCUACACCCUCUACAUCUUCUUUAAAUCAUCAGAUUCAAACAGCUGAAAAUCUCAAUUCACCCUGCAGUGAUAAAUCGCAUUCAAGUAGCUGUCAUCUGUCACCUUCCUUACAAUCUUCUGCAAUUUUUCCAUCGUCCACAUGCAAUAUUAAUACACAAAAUCACAAUUUAAGUAAUACUAAUAAUUCUUUAGAACUUACAAUUACUAAUUGUAAGUCAAGUUCUAUUUGUAAUAUAUCUGGAACAAACCUUUGUAAUAAAAUGGCAGUAGAACAUUCCGCUACUGUAGACAAAGGUUUGAAAAUGAAAAUUAAACGCACAAAACCGGGAACAAAAUCAAAUGAAAUAAAGCAUGAGAUUGUAAAGUCAAAUGAAGUUAAUGGUUCUUUAUCUAAUCAAGAUAGUUCGAGUUCGGUAACAAACAAUUUAUCAUCUAUACCAAUAUCAGGUUCAACUACAUCUCAAUAUGUACAUACAGCUAUUGAAGCUUCGAGUUUGUCUUCAUCAAACAAAUCAAAAUCUUUUAAUUUAGCACCUUCUAAUUCAGCUUCACUUAAUACAAUAACAUAUAAUUCAUCUAAAAGAACAUCUGGUAAUCAUCGCCGCGAAAAGGGACGUGAUAAACAUGACAAGUUGCAAGUUACCCAUACGCUACAAUUACCUAAGAUAGAAUUAAAUGGUUCUGCAAAACAUGUUAUUCAAAAUAAUGCUCAAAAUAUGUCAUCAAUAACAGAACCAUCUAAUACGACUGCAUUAACUAAUUUGGGUAUAACUUUAUCAAAUCAUAUUUCGUUAGCAAAUGAUCAAAACAUUAAUUCUACAAUUUACACAAACUCAUCUCCUUCACCGAUUUUAUCUCCCUCAAUAACUAAUUUUGGAAAUAACUCUGACCAAUGUGACGAACUUACUGCUAAUGCAUCUCAAGUACAAAUUCAAAGAUCCCAAUUAUGUUCAAGAACCACGUUUCAAGUUACCCAAAAUAACACAAGUUCAAAUGAAACAUCAAAUACUGUAGUAUGUUCAUCUAAUACAACUUCGAUAGUAUGUUCUACAUUUAGUGCAGAAGAUGUAAAAUGUUCUCCAAAUACUGGAAAUAUUAAUGCUCCAAAUGUCUGUGAUUCCAUGGAUACUGCAAUCGAUUCUCCGCCAGCUAAAAAAUCAAAAUGCAUAACAGAAACAGAAUUAAAGGAAAUGACUGAUAUCUGUGUAGGAACUAGUAUCGGAACCAUAACAGAACCGGAUUGUUUAGGUCCUUGUGAACCUGGUACAUCCGUCACGUUGGAAGGAAUCGUAUGGCAUGAAACCGAAGGAGGUGUUCUUGUAGUAAACAUUACGUGGAGAGGCAAAACAUAUGUUGGAACAUUACUAGACUGCACUCGGCAUGAUUGGGCUCCUCCAAGAUUUUGUGAUUCACCAACUAGUGAUUUAGAUACCAGAUCAACAAAAGGACGAGCAAAACGUGGUAGAACUGCACCGAAUGUUAUUCCAACCACUGAUUUGAGUAAUUUUACAGAAACAAGAAGUUCAGUUCAUAGUAAAUUAAGAAAUACUGGAAAUAAAGGUCGUAGAGGUGCAUAUGGAUCACCAGCACUUAGUCCUGGUGCAACAGCAUUUAUAUCACCACGAACGGAUGUUACAGCGAAAAGAAAAACUCGAUGUCUCGAAGAAGAUGACAAGAGUAAACAAAAAAUUCCUCCACCAACUCCUCCUAAUUUAUCUCCACCUGCAAGUCCUACAUUACUAGAAUGCUCAGAACCAAAUUGUAGCAAGAAGUAUAAGCAUAUUGAUGGAUUGAAAUAUCAUAAGAGUCAUGCUCAUGGGUUAAUUGAUGACGAUGAUAUGAAGGAAAUAAUUACUAGUUUGUCUGAAAAUGACGAAAGUAAUAUUGAAUCACCUAGUCCUCUAAAUUCCGCGAAAUCCCCUUCAGACAAAAUAGAAAAUGUAUCUAAUAAAUUAAAUAAUAGUACAUCUGCAAAUAUAUUGGAAGCUUUACCAGUUGAAUCAUCGUUAACACUUCAUAUAACAUUACCAAAUAUAGAAUCUCAAUCAUCUUUAGUAUCAGAAAAUAAUAUUAAACCAGCAAUCUUAAGAUAUAAAAACGAAGAUUGUACACUAGCUAUCGAUCCUAUUUCUGCAGUACAAAACUCUCAAACACUUUCUCAAUUAAAUACUACAGUAUACAAUCCUGAAAGUCCAAAUAUAGCAAGUCAUUCUCGUCCUAUUUUGAACAAAUCACCUUCUCCAGUAAAUGCUAAUGUAAUUGUAUCUUCUCAAUUACAGCCACAAAUAGAAAACUCUUUGUAUCAAACUGAUCUACAAUUACACAAUCAACCACAAAUUUCCCAACAGUUAUCAACAGUUGCAAUUUCUUCACUAUCAACUAAUCGCUUAGUGCAACCUGCUCAGCAGAUGCAAGUGCAUACACAAUGUAAAUUGGCAAACUCUAAUCACAUUAAAAAUCAUCAAUUAAUCACCCUUGCUAGCACAGUAAAUCAACAUGGUAUAUUAAAUAAUAUAUCUAAUGAAACACAAAUACAAACUUCUAUAACGAACCAAACAGUUUCUCCCGGUGUAGUUUCUAUUCAUGAUAAUUUGCCAACACAUUUACAAUCAUAUUCAAAUUCGGGAGGGCAAACUAAAAUUCCUCAAUUUAAAGUAAAACCAACAGCUGCAUUAAUGCCAGAAGAAGAUAAAGACAGAGAUUUAAAGACGUCCAAAAUAGCUAAUUUUAAAAAGAAAAUACGAAAAUCUCCAAUAAAUAGUCCUCAUGCAUCUCCAUUAAAUUCUGUUCUUAUUAAUACUGGGAGAGAUGAUGUCCAAAGUCCAGCUUAUUCUGAUAUAUCAGAUGAUACAAUACCAGCAAUUGAAACUAAUACUAGUGAUAAAUUAUUAAAGGAAAAUCAAGAUAAAGAUAUAAAAUCAAAUUCUCAAACUCAUUUGACGACACAUUUUACUAUGUAUCCAUAUUAUGGUCAGCCAUCUUAUUUAAUACAAAAUAUUCAAGAUAAAUCUACACAUGAAUAUAAAAUGAAUGAUGUUACAAUAAAAAAUGAUUUAACAUCAUUGAAUGUAGUAUCUAUACCCACAUUAAGUAAUUUACAAAAUUUAAAUUUGGAUAAAAACAAAAAAGAAGCCCGAUCCAUACCCAUACAAGAAUUACCGGAAUCGCAAACUCAAUAUUACACUAAUUAUAAUGCUUAUAUAUCUUCGACUUAUCCUUUUCAAACUCAAUCGUCAAAUUCACAAAAUAUAAAUCAUUUAUCGGAAAUUGAAUUUCUCGAUCAAAAACAUAAAAUAAAACAAGAAUCUCAAUCACAUAAUGUAAAAGAAAAACAUCUUGAAAAUCAACAAAUGCUUAAAGAAAGUAUGGAAAUAAAAAACCAAAUGAGCCCAUAUCAAUUGUAUAAUAAUUCAAAUACUCAACAAUCGUCACCAACAAGUGGAAUUAUUUCGGACGAUUCAAGAUAUUACAUUUAUUCUGAUGAACAGCGUCGUAAAGAAAAUUCAAAUAAACAUAGUGUAGCUCAAAAAUCUUCACCAUUAAGCCCGAAACAUCAAUCUAAGCAAGAAAAAUCACAAGAAAUUAACAAAAGUGAUGAAACAAAAAUUAAGCAAGAAGGCGUAAAACCAACUAUGGAAACUCAAGGUCCACCACCUCCGCCAACCUCUCAAUAUGCAUAUAUUCACCCUGGAUAUAUUCCAUCGCAUCAUUAUAGCAGUAUAUCUUACGAUACUGGUCAUCAUGGAAUAUACAGAAAUUUGGCUCCUAUGAUUGUUCCUGGUACAUAUACGAGUAAUCCUUACUUGCAUCAAUUACCAAGAUAUCAUUCUCCAGAAGAUCUGAGUAGAUCACCAGGUGGAAAAGCUCUUGAUUUACUACAACAUCAUGCUAAUCAAUAUUAUUCAAAUCAUAAGAUUCAUGAAUUACAAGAGAGAGCUUUAAAAUCGCCCAUUCCUAAAACAUCUGUAUCGGCAGCAGGAUCAAGUCCAUUAGCAGCUAUACAAUCUAUAUCAAUAAGAUCGCCAAUUGAUCCAACUAACAAUAGCUUAGGUUCAAUAUCUCAGUCUCAAUGUGUAGGUAAUAAACAACAAAGUCAAAAUUUAAAUCAGCAACAUCAACAACAACAGCAUUCGACUUGUGCUGACCCUAAUAGCAAUUCCACAAACAAAGAUAAUAGGUCGCCACCACCACAAAGACAUGUUCAUACACAUCAUCAUACUCAUGUUGGAUUAGGUUAUCCAAUUUUGCCUGGACAAUAUUCCACACCAUAUGGAGAAAAAUCUCCCAAGCAAUGGGAAAAUGGAUUCGGCGUGGACUUCUAAUAAUAGAGAUGGAUUUAUAUAUACUAGUCAUUAGAAGUCUUACACUUGCCGAAAAUAAGACACUUUCAUUGAUAUAUUGCAGAUACUAAAUGACAUGGAACUAUUUUCCAAAAAUAAAAAAACUCAGAUAUGUGGUUUUGGGAUUCCUAUUAUGAAUCAAAUACCAUAUUUUUCUGUAAAGAUUUACUUUGAAAAGUACAACUAAGUAGAAAUUAACAUAUAAUAAGUGAUUUACAUAUAUAUCUUUGAGAGAAAGUAUAUAAAUUACUUCCA